AUGACUCCCGUGCAACAGAAAUAUUCCAUCUACGACCAGAAACUGUUGGCACUAGUCACAGCCCUCGACAAGUGGUCUCACCUACUUCGCGUCGCUAAGGUUACAGCAUUCGCGGACCAUCAAGCCCUCACCCACUUACGGAAGCUCCAGACGUCCAGGCCCUUGCGGGGACGCACCUCCCGGUGGUUAGAUUUCCUCGCGGAGUUUCCUGAUCUCACUAUCACCUAUCUCCAGGGUGCGCGUAAUACGGUGGCCGACGCGCUGUCGCGUCUUCCUUGUCAUUCCUCUUCACACCCGUUCUCCCCGCCCAGCCCAUCUUCGCCUCCUCUCUCGGGGUCCUUGGCCCCGCUUAUGUUAUCUCCUGCACACCCGGAUCCAGCUCCUCAUCCCCGGGGGAAGCAGGCCAACUCCCGGCGGUCGGCUAGCACUCGUCGUCGCCUGCCUCGGCCUCGUCCGCAGUCCCCUCCCGUUUCGCUCAAGGCCAACGAGUCCCCUCCUGACGGCACCGGGCCAUCCGCCAUCUUCCCCGUGCAGCCCGCCGAUUCCGCAACCCUGGAUUGGCCAGCAGCUUAUGCGAAGUGUCCCGCUUUCCGGGUCCCCUACAGCAUGGCGGUUAAGGCAGUCGGUGCACCCGUCCAAGUGGAAUUCCGCAGUCGUCUCCUAGCCUUCAGAUUUGUCACCCCUUUCCUCAGCGUUUGCAUACACGGCUUAUGGCGUAUAUGUGUUCCGCAGUUUCCUGAGUUCCCUACACACAUUCUAUAUAACCACCACGAUCACGUAACAGCAGGGAAUCGGGGUCAGAAGAAAACGUUCUUAUCUCUCAGCAAGCUUUACUAUUGGCCCGGUAUGCGCACUUACACCAACGCCUACGUGGAGUCCUGUACGCAGUGCGGCGCCUCCAAGUCCCUCAACCGAAAGCCUCCCGGCCUUCUCCAACAGUUAAUUAUUCCCUCCCGUCGUUGGAGCCACGUCAGCUUGGAUUUCAUUACCGACCUCCCGCUUACGAAGGCGGGGCAUGGAUCUAUCCUAGUGUUGGUUGACUCCCUUAGCAAGAUGGCCCACUUCGUCCCCGCCAAAAAGACAUUCACAGCCGCAGAUACCGUCGAUGUUCUCGCCGAUCGCCUUAUUCGUUAUCAUGGGCUACCCGACGCCCUCAUUUCGGACCAUGAUCCCCGUUUCCAAUCAUAUCUAUGCCAGCAGCUGUGCAGCUGCGCUCAGCUGCUUGUUAAUGGAAGCGUAGGAGGCGUGAGAGCCAAGAAUGAUUGA